AGCCCGGGCUGGCCCGAGACUGUGCUGGGCGCGCGGAGGGGCAGGGGGCUCUCGCCUUGCGCUUGCUCCCGUCCCUCGCGUCAUUGCUUUGGUGGCCCCAGAGGGGCCGGGCCGCCCAAAUGCGGGCAAGGGGAGAGGAAGGGGCCCGGGAGUCGCUGCGCAGCCUGCCGCUUAAAGGCACCCGAGCCUUCAGACCGGAGGGCGCUCGCCAGGGCCAGUUCUCUGCAGAACUAUGGUUCCGAGAGCUGAGCCCACAUCGGCAGGAGUCCCCUGGGUUGCAGUCUCCCGACCCGCCACCGUGCCGGCCUUUCCUUUGCAGCAUGCCCCACCGGGCCCCCAGCCCAGCGCCCCCAAGAGCCCUCUCGCCCUGGACGAGCCCCCUGGCGGCCUCGGAGCGCCCUUGAGGAGGAUGCCUGGGACACAAUGGGCCACGCGCUGUGUGUCUGUUCCCGGGGCACGGUCGUCCUGGACAAUAAGCGCUACCUCUUUAUCCAGAAACUGGGGGAGGGUGGGUUCAGCUAUGUGGACCUAGUGGAGGGCUUACAUGAUGGCCGCUUCUACGCCCUGAAGCGAAUCCUAUGUCACGAGCAGCAGGACCAGGAGGAGGCCCAGCGAGAAGCCGACAUGCAUCGCCUCUUCCAUCACCCCAACAUCCUUCCCCUCAUGGCUUACUGUCUGAAGGAGCGGGGCACAAAACAUGAGGCCUGGCUGUUGCUACCUUUCAUCAAGAGAGGUACGUUGUGGAAUGAGAUUGAAAAGCUGAAGGACAAAGGCAACUUCUUAACUGAGGACCAAAUCCUUCAGCUGCUCCUGGGUAUCUGCAGAGGCCUUGAGGCCAUUCAUGCCAAGGGAUAUGCCCACAGGGACCUGAAACCCACCAACAUCUUGCUUGGAGAUGAAGGACAGCCGGUCCUGAUGGACUUGGGGUCUAUGAACCAAGCGUGCAUCCAGGUAGAAGGCUCCCGCCAGGCUCUGGCCCUGCAGGACUGGGCAGCCCAGCGGUGCACCAUCUCUUACCGGGCCCCAGAGCUCUUUUCUGUGCAGAGCCACUGCAUCAUCGAUGAGCGGACUGACAUCUGGGCUUGGGGUGUCAGCACCGGGCUCACCCCACCCUCUGCCUCCAGACAUUCAGCAGCACUGCGGCAGCUGCUGGCCUCCAUGAUGACCGUGGACCCCCAGCAUCGCCUGCACAUCCCUCCCCUGCUCAGUCAGUUGGAAGCAUUGCAGCCCCAAGGGCCAGGCCAGCACACUACCCAGAUCUGAGCACCCCAGGGGCAUGCCAAGAAGGUGGUCCCAGUGGAGGCUCCUGUCCUUCCCUUACUCCCAAGAGCAAGAGGGCAGGGGGACUGAUAGAAUCUGGUAAUGGCUCUGAGCUGGACUACUGAACUUGCAUCAUGGUCUGUCUCCAAAUUUGGAGGCAGGAGAAUAUAGAAACAGAAGAAUAAAGUCAAAGUCAUUUGGUGUGGA